AUGAGCUCGGCGACUCCUGACGAUGGCGUUGUUCCUCCCUCCGUCACCAUGCCCAGGGAGGGGCAGAGGAUCAUGUACUCGAGGGAGCUCCUGCUCGCCGUCGGCAGCUCCGACGACUGCAAGGUGCUGCCCGCCGGCGUCGACCUGUCUAAGCACCCCGAUGACGUGAAGCUCCGGGUUCGCGCGGAGGCUUGGGCCGCCCGCUCGGUUGGAAGAGCAGCACCUGGACGCCAGGGGAGGCCGGAAUUGCCUCAGCGAGCGCGAGAGCCGGAGUCUUUUGAAGCAGGCGUAGGAAGCAAAUCGAAGCCAUGCAUCAGAUUCUUCAGUACCGCAGGUUGCCGCUUUGGUGACAACUGUCGCUUCAUCCAUGACAUCCCCGGCGGCUACCUGGCCGUCGAGAAAAUGGGCAUCCUGAGUGGCGCAGCUCCUGCUCCUCCACCAGCACAAGGCGAGGAGAAGCCCGGCAAGCAUUUGUCCACGCACAACGCGACGCCACCACCUAUGGAACCAACUCCCACCGGUGACCAUGCGCAUCAAGCACAGACGGCGCCCGACCCCCGCAAGGAAGCGGUGGCGAGCUUCGGCGCUUCGUCGACGGCCAAGAUCAGCGUGGACGCGUCCCUCGCGGGCGCCAUUAUCGGGCGUGGCGGAGCCACCAUAAAGCUGAUAUCCCGGGCCAGCGGCGCCAGGCUGCGCGUCCGCGACCACGACUGGGACGCCGACUUGAAGAACGUGGAGCUGGAGGGCACGUUCGAUCAGAUCAAGAACGCUUACGACAUGGCCAUGGAGCAGCUGAUCCACGUUGUCAACCAUGACGGCGGCGGUGCCCCUUCGCCUGCGGCGGGAGCAAACACGACGUCCCACGGCGGCGGAUGGCAAUUAGACAGUUUCAAGACCAAGCUGUGCGGGCACUUCGCCAGGGGAUGCUGCACCCACGGCGACGGGUGCCGCUUCGCCCACGGCGAGGGCGAGCUGCGCAGGCCGGUUCCUGCUCCUCGUGAUCCGGGUGGUUGGUAG